UUCGGUUAAUUCAGUCCGGUUCAAAUCCGUAAGCCUUGUGGUUGUGGAUAAUGUUUCGAGACAGUUUUUUGGCGUUUUGGAUAUACAAGACUAUCCACGUGUCGUAAUACUGUAGCUUAUCGGUAUCCACGUGUCAGUAGCCUACCAUCUUCCUUUCUAUAUAGCCAUGGUACAAAAUUCUUUGUUCAACUUCACACUACUACUAUGGAGAAUCCUGGAGGAAGGAGAAGAAGAGACAUAGCCAUAACCGAUGGAGAAAGAACGACCGGUUCUUCGGUUGUGGCUGCAACCGUAGCAGCUGUUGCAGUGGUAGGACCGCUUUUUGGUCUGAUGAGUUUCAGCUUUGUGGCGACGGUGACUCUGUUUCUGAUCGCUUCUCCAUUGCUGCUGAUAUUUGCUCCAGCUUUUAUGGUAACGGUAGCGGUUCUUGUGUCGGCUAUGGUUGGUGUUGGGGUAGCUGCAGCCAUGUGGAUGAUGGGAAUAGCCGCUUUGGUAUGUUGUGGCCGAGAGAUUGGUAUUGAAACCGGACUGGCUGGGAGGAUGGUUGAGUCGGUGGUGAGAGAAUUAGGUUACGGUCGGAGUCGUUACUUGCGAGACAAAUCAGAGGAUAGUUAUUCAACUUCUUCUCCUUCUUCUCGGGAUUACUCUUCUUCUUAGUUCAAACUUGGAAAAAGUCUCAUGAUUCAUGGGAAUUUCAAGAAGAUGGUGAAUAAAGAAACAAAAAAAAACAGAGACAUGGCUAUGAUAAGAAAACAAAAUUAAGUAGAUUUUUUCGAGAGUGAAAAUUUGUAAUAUCUAUCCAAAGAAAAUCUAGUAAUGCUAUAUCAUUUUUUUCAAGUUGUGUUUUUUCCCAAGUCAAGACAAAUAGCAAACAGAUGAAAACCAAAAAUAAUAGAAUAAAUAAAUUGUAAGUUUCUUUAGGUCAAAACAGAU